AUGUCUAAAAGAAAGAAAGAAAGUCAGAAUAAUAAUAGUAUAGAUAAUAGUAGUCAUGAUAAUAAUAACCAUUUGUUUGUGAAAUUACCAUUUCUUUUAUUAAAUAAAAUAGCAAGAGAGUUUGAUGACAUAAUAGAUACAAUCUGUUUUAGUUUAGUUUGUAAGAGAUGGUUUGAAAAUAGAAAUAAAUAUCUAUUGUUCAACUGUAAAGACUUUAGUAGUAUUUUGUUAAAAGAUCCCAACAACAUUAAUAGUAAACAAUUUACAUUGAAUUCUUAUAUGAAUCUAUUUCAGGAAUCAAUCAAUCAAAAAUCAGUUUAUAAACUAUUGAUCUUCUCACCCAAGAAUCCCAGAUAUGAUCAUAUAUCUGAAUACUUGCAAAAUAAAGAUACAAAUGCCGAUUACUAUCAAACAUUAGAUGAACUUAAGAGAAGCGAAAUACCAUCAAAUUGCAAUUGGAUUAUAAUGGAUAAUUGUAUAGUUAUUGACGAUGAUUUCAUUGAUAAACUUGAAAGGUCAAAUGUCAAUACUCUUCAACUUCUUAGCGAUCAACCAGGUAGCAUGCGAAUCAGUAGGAUAUUACCAUCGAGUAUCAAAACUAUCAUCUCUGAGUCUCCAAUAGAACAAUCUGUAUUACCAUUGGAAUUGGAAUCUCUUAAUACCGAUGCAUACAACCAACGUAUAGAUGGAUCUCUCUUUCCUCGAUCACUCAAAGUUUUAAAGAUCUCUAGUUAUGGAAUUAGACCAAACAAUUUCGGAAUGCUACCACCCAAUCUAGAGGAAUUGUAUUGUCCAAUCGUAAACCUUAAAAAACAUUUGGAUGACGGUGAUCAACUUCCAUCAACACUAAAAAUCGUAACAAUAUCACCAGAUAGUUUGAAUUUCUUUGGUGUGAAAAUCACAAGUGAAAUGAUUCCACCCAAUAUCAAAUAUCUAAAACUCAGUGGUAGUACUUUAUUCGACAAGAAUACGUUUAGUUUGCUUCAACACUUGGAAACAUUGGACCUAACGGAUUUAUCAACAAUAAAACAUCAACACUUUGGUACUCUCCCAAACAGUCUUAGAUCUCUAUAUUUACCAUUUACAUUCAACAAAAGCAUCAGUAGCUCUAUGGUGUUACCUAGGAUGUUGGAGUUCUUGGAUCUAGGUUAUAGCUUUGAUUAUAAAAUCAAAGGAUUAUCUGUACUCAAGUCACUCAAGACGCUGGCUCUCUCCAAAGAUAUGUAUAGUGAAACACUCAAAGCUUCAUCGAUUCCGAAAUCAGUUGAGACUCUCCAUUUCAAAAAUCCACUGUUGAUUUCUCCAGAUGUAAUACCACCAACCGUUAGAUCGAUAUCUUUCACAAAGGAUUUAGACCCAAUGUCACUAGCAAUACAAAUCCCACAAACGAUUAGUUCAAUCAAUUUCAGAUUCAAAUCAACAGACUUCAAAGCAAGACGAUUAUCCAAAGAAUCAUUCCUUUUAUUUGGAGUAAAUCAAAAUGUAACAGGUUAUUUUUGCAAUUCAAUUAAAAUUAAAGAUACACAACAGAAAAUAAAUAUACAAUUUUAA